ACCUAGAUUAACCUGGAUUAUCACAAACACACAAACAGUGAUCGAAUUGUAAAAGAAGUGUUGUUAUAUUUUUUGUUUAUUACUAUGUUUUUUUAUGAGUUUAUAAAGAACCCAUUUUUUUGCCGAAUUAUGACUACCUAGAGGUGGGAAUAUGUUUAUUCUUCAAAUUGAAGUGAUAUACAAUUAUUUGAUGAAGGAAUCUAGAACUUCUAUUGUCUGCUAACCUCAAAAUCUAAAAUGAUAAGAUCCUUAGCUCCAAGUCAGAGAGGUAAGCGACCUUUACUUUCGGAAAUUUGCAAUGAGCUGCCAUUUGUUAAACCUGCAACAGUUAUAGUACAAAAGGAAAAACGAAGUAGAAAAACAAAGGAAGUAGUUAUUAAAGAACUUAAACCAUUACUUCUUACUGAUCAAGAUGUUCAUGCUACACAAGAAGUUAUUUCUGAACAUGAACUCAACGUUCGAAAACUUCUCAGUAAACCAUUUAAAAUUCCAAUUCCCGGCUAUGAACUCUCAGGACGUUCACUUGGAUUUCGAUUAUCUGGUCCGAGAAGAGCUUUACAUGAUCCUGAUGAGGGGAAUGCUUUGGUCGUUUAUGUUCCACCUGAAAUAUCCGAACACGAUAAAAUAAAAAUCGAUGCAAAUAAACAAUUGGUACAUGUAGUAGUGGAUCCUUUAUUGUGUAAUAUUUUGCGACCACAUCAAAGAGAAGGAGUGAAAUUUAUGUACGAAUGUGUCACUGGAGUACGUAUAGAAGAUGCUUACGGAUGUAUAAUGGCUGAUGAAAUGGGUCUUGGUAAAACAUUACAGUGUAUAACACUUUUAUGGACUCUUUUAAAACAAGGACCUGAAGCUAAGCCAUUGAUUGAAAAAGCUAUAAUAGUAGCUCCAAGUUCUUUAGUGAAAAAUUGGUACAACGAAAUUUUUAAAUGGUUGAACAAUAGAGUGAAACCUCUUGCAAUUGAUGGUGGCAGUAAGAAUGACAUAGAUGUAAAACUUCGAGGAUUUAUGAAAACAUAUGGACGAAGAUGCGCUAAUCCAAUUCUCAUUAUUAGUUAUGAAACAUUUCGUUUACACGCUCAUGUGUUACAUGAAGAUGAAGUUGGUCUUGUUCUUUGUGAUGAAGGACAUCGGCUUAAAAAUUGUGAGAAUCAAACAUAUCAAGCGCUAAUGGGUUUAAAGGCAAAACGUCGAGUACUUCUCAGUGGGACACCAAUUCAAAAUGAUUUACUCGAAUAUUUCUCACUUAUUCAGUUUGUUAAUCAAGGAUUACUUGGAACUGCUCAGGAAUUUAGAAAAAAAUUCGAAAAUCCAAUUCUACGUGGUCAAGAUGCAAUGGCAAGUGAUAAAGAACGUCAACUCGCUCAGGAGAGAUUGACAGAAUUAGUAACAGUUGUAAAUAAGUGUCUUAUCAGACGAACUAGUGCCUUGCUUUCCAAAUAUUUACCAUUGAAACAUGAAUUGGUUGUUUGUAUAAAAAUGAGCGAUUUACAGAAUCAGCUUUACAAGAACUUUAUCAAAAGUGAUAGUAUUAAAAAAUCAAUGCAAGAAAAAGAAAACGUGAAAGAAGGAAAAAGCAUCACUGCCUUGUCUGCGAUAACACUUUUAAAAAAAUUGUGCAAUCAUCCCGAUUUGGUUUAUGAGAAAAUUAAAGAGAACUCUGAGGGAUUUGAAGGCGCUUCAAAAUUACUGCCAAGUAAUUAUAGUACAAAGGAAGUACAGCCUGAAUUAUCAGGUAAGCUGAUGGUGCUAGAUUGCCUUUUGGCUUCAAUUAAAUCAACAACCAAUGAUAAAAUUGUCCUUGUAUCCAACUACACUCAAACUUUGGAUCUUUUUGAAAAAUUGUCCCAUAAACGAGGUUAUCGCUAUGUGAGAUUGGACGGUUCAAUGACAAUUAAAAAACGUGCCAAAAUUGUCGAGUCGUUUAAUGAUCCCAACAGUUCGGAAUUUAUCUUCAUGUUAAGUUCGAAAGCAGGUGGUUGUGGUUUAAAUUUAAUCGGUGCAAAUCGUCUUGUGAUGUUCGAUCCAGACUGGAAUCCGGCGAACGAUGAUCAAGCAAUGGCCCGAGUUUGGAGAGACGGACAAAAAAAACCCUGUUUCGUUUAUCGUUUCCUUUGCACUGGAACAAUUGAAGAGAAGAUUUUCCAACGGCAGGCUCACAAGAAAGCAUUGAGUUCGACUGUUGUUGAUCAGGACGAAGAUGUCGCGCGACACUUCACACUUAGCGAUUUAAGAGAUUUAUUUAGAUUAGAAGAAAAUACAAUUUCUGAUACUCAUUCCAAGUUUAAAUGCAAGAGAUGUGUGAAUGGAGUGGAAGUAAAAGGACCUCCGGAAAAAUCUGACUGCACAUCUGAUUUAUCGGAUUGGAGGCAUUCACAUAGUCCAAGGCAUUUACCAGAUAUAUCUCUUCGACAAUGUUGGUCCAGUGGCAUUUCCUUUGUCUUUCAUCAUCGUUCACAUGAACAAGUCACUACGUGACUGGUAUGUUUUUUUCUCCUUCUAAUUCUAAGAAAAAGAUUGAAAUUUAUGUUUUCUAAAUAUUAUUUAUUAUCGAAAAAAAGUACGAGGUAUGUUUAUGGUUUAAUGAAAGAGAUUCAUUUUUUUGCAUAUAAUAAAAUUGUUUAUUCUUCA